AUGAUCCUCAAGUAUAGGCCUCGGAUCCACAAGAUUCUACGCAUCCGCAAACAACGCCUAGUGACACCAGAUUUCACCAGUCCUUUACCUGCAAAAAUUGUAAUGUCACAAAGCCAGGACUCGACGGCGACAAUAAUUGAGGAGGCAGCAGUCGUGCCCAAAGGGCCCGCAUUGUGCAGUCUCGACAAGAUUGGUGAUCAGUACCUUCUCACACACGAUGGCGUCGAGCGGACGUUUCGGGGUCUGAUAGUCGCCACCAAGCUUGAUGAAGUUCGAGAGAGAAAUAUUCGGAAAUGGCUCUCACAGCAACAGGAAGUCCUGGACUCGCAACCAUUAUCUGUCAACCAGUGGCUAGAGGCAGUCCGGUCACGGUUCUCGCAAGAGCUAGAGUAUCUUGUCCUCAUGAACCUCAUUGUGGGCAUCUCAUAUAUGCGCGAACGCGGACGGCAUAGCACAGAGCCUGAGGACGUGGUCAGUCAGAAUUUUAUAUGGCCACACAUAUACGCGGCCCUGGCCAACACAAAGUCCCUCUUCAAGCCUUCGCGAAGCUCGGCGGGCUUUAUGUUUGUUCCAUUAUGCAGCCUGAUAAAGGACGGAGCCAUUGACGAGCUGUGGCGGCUACAUGUGUGGCUGCCCGACGGCCACCGCGCCGAUCCCGCCAUUAGUGUUCACGGACACCAUGCGUUUGGACAGUCGUGGAUCCUCGCGGGCGAGGGGACCAACCACCGGUGGGCAGUCGACGCCGUGGAUGACGACCAUGCGGCCGAGGCGACGCACGCCGAGUACCGCGUCUCGUGGGACGACGGCAAGGGCUCGAGCCCGGGGUACAAGACGCACCAGGUCUCGUCGACGAUAGUCAACACGUACAAGUACUUUCGGGCGACGCGCCUCGGCUCCGAGGAGACGGAGCGGCGCGGCAUGACGUACAGCGUGUCCCAGGACGAGUGGCACAGCUCGACGGUGGCGCCCGAGAUUGUCUUUGCCACGCUCUUCGUAUUUGAUGCGCACCGCGGCGCCAACAAGGACGCCGCCAUUCUGGGGCCCAGGGACGGCGAGUCGUUUACGACAUCGAAAGAUCCCGAGGGCAAUACCGCCGAUGGUCUGGUGAGGACUGUCGAGUCGCUCCGUCGUUGGGAGGACUGCGUGGCGGCGUUCAGCAAGGAGCGUCUCGGGGAGGCGGCAGAGGAUGAAGCAGACGAGAGCAAAGAGUGCACUGCCACGCCGAGUUCCUUUGAUCAGGCCAUGAGGUUAUGCAAAGAAGAGCCCGACUUUCCGAAUCGGGAUUAUUAUGUAAAAAAGACUUUAGAAGCACGGGACUCGGUAUCAAAGAUUAGAAGGGGAGCCGGAGCUCAGACCUGA